AUGCUGCUGCUGCUCCUGUGCUUGGGCUGGGCGCGGGGGCACUCCCGGGGGGCGGCCGGGCUGCUCCCCAACGCCACCACGCCGAUCUCCAUCAUGGGCUUGAUGCCGCUCAGCCCGUCAGAGGAGGACCAGAAGAGCAAGAUCGGCCGGGGCGUGCUGCCCGCCGUGCAGCUGGCCAUGGAUCAGAUCCGCAACGAGUCCCUGCUCAACCCCUACUCGCUGGACCUCCGGCUCUAUGACACCGAGUGUGACAAUGCAAAAGGACUUAAAGCCUUCUAUGAUGCAAUAAAAUAUGGACCUAAUCAUCUGAUGGUUUUUGGUGGAGUAUGUGCAACAGUCACUUCUAUCAUUGCUGAAUCCCUAAAAGGAUGGAAUUUGGUUCAGCUUUCAUUUGCAGCAACAACCCCCGAGUUAGCUGAUAAGAAAAAAUAUCCUUAUUUCUUCCGGACAGUGCCAUCUGAUAAUGCAGUGAAUCCUGCAAUUUUGAAGUUACUCAAAUAUUAUCAAUGGAAGAGGGUGGGAACUCUAACCCAGGAUGUACAAAGAUUCUCUGAGGUGAGGAACGAUCUGACCAGUGUUCUGUAUGGUGAAGACAUCGAAAUUUCGGAUACUGAGAGUUUCUCCAAUGAUCCCUGCACCAAUGUCAAAAAGCUCAAGGGUAAUGAUGUUCGGAUAAUCCUUGGCCAGUUUGAUGAGCAAAUGGCAGCAAAAGUGUUCUGUUGCGCUUAUGAUGAGGAGAUGUAUGGCAGUAAAUAUCAAUGGAUCAUUCCUGGGUGGUAUGAAAGUUCAUGGUGGGACUCUUGGAUUAAUUCGUCACAGUGUGUCAGCAAAAACCUUCUUACUGCCAUGGAAGGUUACAUUGGAGUGGAUUUUGAACCUCUCAGUUCAAAAGUGAUAAAGACCAUAUCAGGACGGACACCACAGCAGUAUGAAAGGGAGUAUAAUGACAAACGGGGAGAUGGACAGUCCAGUAAAUUUCAUGGUUAUGCCUAUGAUGGAAUAUGGGUGAUUGCCAAAACACUGCAGCGGGCAAUGAAAUAUCUCAACACUACAAACAAACACCAAAAAAUUGAGGAUUUUAACUACACAAACCACAAACUUGGCAAAAUAUUUCUGGAUGCUAUGAAUGAAACCAACUUCUUUGGUGUAACGGGUCAAGUUGUAUUCAGAAAUGGAGAGAGAAUGGGAACCAUCAAAUUUACACAGUUUCAAGAUAGAAAGGAAGUGAAGGUGGGAGAGUAUAAUGCUGUAGCUGAUACACUGGAAAUAAUCAACAACACCAUCAGGUUCCAAGGAUUGGAGCCUCCAAAGGACAAAACGAUUAUACAAGAACAGCUGCGUAAGAUCUCCUUGCCUCUCUACAGUAUUCUUUCAGCACUCACUAUCCUAGGAAUGAUCAUGGCCAGUGCUUUUUUGUUCUUUAACAUCAAAAACAGAAAUCAGAAGCUAAUAAAGAUGUCCAGUCCCUACAUGAACAACCUUAUUAUCCUUGGGGGGAUGCUUUCCUAUGCAUCUAUUUUUCUUUUUGGCCUUGAUGGAUCCUUUGUCUCUGAAAAGACAUUUGAGACACUUUGCACAGUCCGGACGUGGAUUCUUACUGUGGGCUACACAACUGCAUUUGGAGCAAUGUUUGCAAAAACCUGGAGAGUUCAUGCAAUUUUCAAAAAUGUAAAAAUGAAGAAAAAGAUCAUUAAGGACCAGAAGCUGAUGGUGAUAGUUGGAGGGAUGCUGCUGAUUGAUCUUUGCAUCUUGAUUUGCUGGCAGGUUGUGGACCCCUUGAGAAGGACAGUGGAAAAGUACAACAUGGAGCCGGACCCUGCUGGCAGAGAUAUUUCCAUUCGUCCAAUUUUAGAGCACUGUGAAAACACUCACAUGACCAUUUGGCUUGGUAUUGUCUAUGCCUACAAAGGGCUGCUCAUGUUAUUUGGUUGUUUCUUAGCAUGGGAGACUCGAAAUGUCAGCAUUCCUGCUUUGAAUGACAGCAAAUACAUCGGGAUGAGUGUAUACAAUGUGGGGAUCAUGUGUAUUAUUGGAGCUGCAGUUUCAUUCCUCACUCGGGAUCAACCCAAUGUUCAGUUCUGCAUUGUUGCUUUAGUCAUUAUAUUCUGCAGUACCAUUACGCUCUGCCUUGUUUUUGUACCUAAGUUAAUCACACUGAGGACAAAUCCUGAUGCAGCCACUCAGAACAGACGUUUCCAAUUCACUCAAAAUCAAAAGAAAGAAGACUCAAAAACAUCAACAUCAGUCACCAGUGUCAAUCAAGCCAGUACAUCUCGGCUAGAAGGACUGCAGUCAGAAAACCACCGCUUGAGAAUGAAAAUCACAGAGCUGGACAAAGAUUUAGAAGAGGUUACUAUGCAGCUCCAGGACACACCUGAGAAGACAACAUACAUUAAGCAGAACCACUAUCAGGAUCUUAAUGACAUCCUCAGUAUACGGAACUUUACAGACAGCAAAGAUGGUGAGAAAGCAGUUUUGAAAAAUCACCUUGAUCAAAAUCCACAAGCACAGUGGAGCACAACAGAGCCCUCCAGAACAAGCAAAGAUCCUGUAGAAGAUAUCAACUCUCCAGAACAUAUACAACGCCGAUUAUCUUUACAACUGCCCAUUCUUCACCAUGCCUAUUUGCCAUCCAUAGGAGGAGUUGACGCUAGCUGUGCCAGUCCAUGUGUAAGCCCCAGUGCCAGUCCUCGGCACAGACACGUGCCACCAUCUUUUCGAGUGAUGGUUUCUGGCCUGUAGAAAUGGGAGAUCAGAGCUUCCUGAACUGCUUUUAAGUUCUUAAUGACUGGACUGAACAUCAGACGUAGAACUCUGCUAUAAACAUACUAUUUGCUCUUACCACACAGAGGAACUAGUGCUAAGGCCAUCAUCAUGGGAGUACCAGUGUAACUCAUGUGGAAAGACGAGAGCAAGAGAUACCUAGAGUUUGAUCUGUAGCCUUAUUCAUGGAGCUUUUAUUUCUUCACAAAGAAGUCAUUGAAAAUAUUUCUUCCCAAAUUUCUACUAGCAACAAGGAGGCUGGGAAAUACGAAUCUUGCAAAAAAUGAGACAAUUAAAAAAAAACAAACCACUCAACUGUCACUGUUACACGGCUGCUGAAAACAUGGAACUAUAUGCUGUCCGUGUAAGAAAAAUAAAAUGGUAGAGCUAUAACAUUUAUUGAAAUAGAUACACUUCGUUUUACAAAAGUUGUGUUAAAUUGUUGGAAGCAUUCUGCACUGGUUAGUCUUGCUUGUUUUCAUUUCAGAGAGGAUUUUCAGUGGGAAGGGGGGAUUUUGAGAAAUGAUUCCUGAAGUGUGAUUUAGACUCUGUGUUGCUAAUAGCAGGGUCCCCUUGUAACUAAAAACUAUACAUAGGGCAGAAGCAGAGGUUGUAGCAACAGCCCUGAGGCGUUACCAGCCACAGAGUUGCUGUUCUGAGUCAGAACUGUUUACAGUUCUCCAGGGAUUAGCUGUGGUGUUUGCCAGGUUCCCAUGCUGACCAUCAGGGACUUCAUUUUGACAGAGUUUCUUCCUCUCUUUCAAAAUAAACACAACCAACCGUAAUAUACAAAACUGGCAGAAAAAGUCCUAGGGCUGCUAACUCAAGAAGCUGAGGAUGGAUGGGUAGUAAAGUUUUAAUGUCACAGGAUGAAUUGAUUUUUACAGUUUGUUUGAAUUAUGCCACACAUAAUUACAAUCAUAUUAAUUUAGUACACGGGGUGGGUGGGGGAGCAGGGCACAGCACCUCGCGACUGCAGGCAAAUUCUGCAGAGUGCAUAGACAAUAAUAUACACUACCUUUGCUUGGUACCUGCGUGUGUGACAGUUGUAACUGGUAAUAGAUGGUAUAAACCAAGUUUGCCCAUAGAAUAUUUUGUUUGAAUAUGAAAAAUAAAGGUGUGGGAAAAGCAUGAAUUUUAAUCUCUCUGUUGAUAGGGGCUGAUCGUUUUUCAUAUUUGAGCACAUACCUUAGCUGCACACCCCUAAGCAAAGUUAUUCUAAGGUAUUAUAAUUGUAAGAUGUUCUAGCUCAGUGGGUCUCAAACUUUUUUACUGGCAACCCCUUUCAUACAGCAUGCCUCUGAGUGCGACCCCCCUAAUAAAUGAAACACACUUUUUUAUAUAUUUAACACCAUUAUAAAUGCUGGAGAUAAGCGGGGUUUGGGGUGGAGGUUGACAGCUCACGACACCCCAUGUAAUAACCUACAACCCCCUGAGGGGUGCCAACCCCGAGUUUUAGAACCCCUGGUCUAGCUGAACCAAUCUUAGAGACAUUCUCAUGGACUAUAAGUGAGGCCUAAUCCUAGCCUAUUCCCCAGUGUAUUGGCAGUGUGAUGUAUCACAGCCUCGUCAGUUGUUAAGACCAGUGAUUUUCUUAAACCAAAUAAAAAUAUUGUCUAGCUAAAAAUAGCAGUGGUGCCUCAGGAUGCACUCAGUGUCCUUAGGGUGACCAGACAGCAAGUGUGAAAAAUCGGGACAGAGCGUGGGGGGUAAUAGGCGCCUAUAUAAGACAAAGCCCUAAAUAUUGGGGCUAUGCCUAUAAAAUUGAGACAUCUGGUCAUCCUAAGUGUCUUUAACCAAUGCCUGCCCACCUCACACAUUCUGAAGUGAAUAUUCCACAAAUGCUCCCAGACCAGAGAUGACUAAAGAGCAGCUUUCAGUAUCUGCACAGUGGAGGAGGCUCAUUAACAGAGGGACUUAAUUGCAGCUUUGACAAAUAAGCAAAAAUCUUCACUACGUAGCCAAAAAUAACCAUAAAUAUAAAUCUUCCAGUGGGAGCAUCACAAAAUAUUUCACUUGGCACAUACAGUAGGAGAGAUUAUGGAGGUACCUGUAGCUUUCAGAACAAAAACAUGUAAGUAUAACACAGGUAAAAUAGAAUUCAUGACUCUGUUUAAGCAUUGAUGUUGUCACUCAAUGUGUGUUAACAGUAUUCUCUUGCUUUAUUAAUUUAAUCAGAGCCUGGUUUAUUUUUAAAGGAAUCUGUUAAUUUGUAAACGAGAAAAGGACAAUAUUGUAUAUAAUGUAUACACAAACAUCGCUGUAGAAAUAUUAAUCCAACAUAGCAGGAAAAACUCAAAAGUAUUGGCCUGAUGGAGGUGAGUGUGUGUGUGUCUGUAACGUUGUGAAUACCGACUGUGUGCCGUUUAUUAGGUUUAAACCAUGCAGUACAUUCUUUGUCUCAAUGAUACUGUAGUUUCUUCCAUGACAUUUUUUUUAAUUUCCUGCAGCAUAACCAGACCCACUAAGUGAAUAUAGCUAUUUAAUGUUUCUGUUCUUUUAUACUGCAGCAAAACAGUACUGUAAAUUUAUGAAGAGACUGUGCCCCAAUGGCAUUUUCCAAUGAUGUUAGUGCACAAAUGCUUUAAACUAGACUGGAACUGCCAGAAGAAAAUGUAAAUGAAAAAUUUCUUGUAUACCCUUAUACUGCAUGAGAUCAAUUUUUAAAAAAUUGUUGCAAAUCUGUUUUUAUGAAUAAAAUAUAGAAAAUCUAA